UAUAAACCAAAUUAUUUGACUCAGUAAAAGGGCUGGAAUUCCCAUCACUAGCACACUAAAUGGUGGACCAACUGUAAUAAAACUGUAGUUUAAUUGUGUAUAGGCCAAAGUGGAAUGUGUACAGGAUAAUCUGUCUGGCUGCAAAAAGAAUGACUUGGCUUCAUGGCUGCUCUAUAGUUUCUAAUAUUCAAACGAUUUGGUUGAAAUACCUACAGCACUACAAUGAGCUGAAUAUGAUUAAUUAAUUCUGCAUGAAUUGCAUAGGAGUAAUAAACUUCUCAGACUUGAGGUUAGAGUUGGGGAGGCAAGGCUUAUGACAGUGGGGGCAGCUGCCAACCUGUGCCACCCUAGUUAUGACCCUGGAUUUGACCAAGGGGCCAUGGAAAAAUGUAGUAUCUCUUCAUGACAGCAUUGCCUGGUCUUAUCAGCAUGUGCAAUGGCAGCUUCUCGGCCCCCUGUUCUUACGUCAUUCAUCUAGCCAAUAGCAAUGUGGGGGUGGAGUUUAGAUCCAGAGCUGGUUUAUAGGACUAUAAGAGCUAGUGUCACUACCACAGUGCCUUCUGGUAUAAGUGGCAGGAUUUGGACCCACGGAGGACCUGUUAGAAGAGACCUAUCCACUGUCUUUAUCGAAUUCACCUGAGACACCAUGAGUACAGAGGCCGAUAUGAAGGAGGUGGAGCUGAAUGAGAUGGAGCAGGAGAAGCAGUCGAUGAACACAGACACGGAGAAGAAUGGCUGUGUGAAAGUGAAGGUUCCAGAGGAGAAAGAGGUCAAAUUCACCGGCCUGACUAAAGAAGAGCUGAUGAGAGUAGCAGGCACCACAGGAUGGGUGCGGAUUCGCUGGGUCUUGUUGGUUCUGUUCUGGCUCGGCUGGGUUGGAAUGCUGGCCGGGGCAGUGGUGAUCAUUGUUCAGGCUCCCCGGUGUAAACCUGUUCCUGACAUGCACUGGUGGAAUGAGGGACCGCUCUACCAGAUAUCUGAUGUGAACAGCUACUCUGAAGGCAUUAAAGGAAUAGAAAACAACCUGGACAGUCUGAACCAGCUGAAGGUGAAAGGGUUGAUCCUGGGCCCAAUACACACUGUUCAGGAGGACCAAAUGAGUACAUUGAAUUUGAAAGACAUAGACCCUGUGCUGGGCACUCAGAAAGACCUGGACAGCCUGCUAGAAAGAGCCCACAAGAAGGGUAUCUCUAUAGUGCUGAAUCUGACACCCAACUAUAAGGGAGCUGCAGCUUGGUUCAACAACGUUGCUGCUGCUCUUGAAAAAUUUCAGGAUGCAUGUGCCUACUGGCUACAACAAGGAGUGGAUGGCUUUCUCAUUUCUGAUAUGAGCCAGGUUGUCAAUACUGCUACCUGGAAGUCCAUCCAGAAUGUUAUUCAUCCCAACACCACAGAAGGGACUAAAAAAAGUGCUCUGAUAGGUUCAUUCACCAAGCUGCCUGCAGACAAUGUCUCUCUGCUGCUGGAGAACACUGGAGUUGAUCUGUUGCUAACCAGACUGCAAAGUUUUAAUCUGUCUGGGGUGCAGGAGGCUGAGGACAUAAUGAAGCUCUAUCCCAGCCACUCUAGCCUUGCCUGGAGCCUGAGUAAACACACUUCAGAUUUGCCCACACGCCUCUACCAUAUGCUGCUCUUCACCCUGCCUGGCACCCCAGUGUUCAACAGAGGGGAUGAGGUUGGACUGAUAGAGGGCGAAUCCCUUACUGGAAUUUGGGACUUGGAAAGUCCAGCUGAGGAGAACAAUGAAACAGCAAAGACUGUAAGAGCAGAACGCAGUGCAGUGCGAAGCUUCUUUAAGGCUCUCAGUGACCUUAGAGGUAAAGAAAGAGCUCUGCUGCAUGGUGAAUAUGCCUCUCUACACAGCUCCAUCUCCUCGUUUGCAUUCCUCCGCCUGUGGGAUCAGAGUGAACGCUUCAUCACUGCCUUAAACUGGGGCAAUUCCCCUGUCACAAUGACGCUGACCAACAGCGACCUGCCUGCUGAGGCCAGGGUCCGUCUCAGUACAGAUGCAGAGAAGCUAGCUGUGGACCGCAUGGUGCCUUUGGAGAAACUGCAGCUAGAGGCCAAACAAGCUGUUUUAUUGUCCUAUCCUUAUACAGGAUAGGUACAUUAAUAAAAAUACACAUGUAAUAACACAAGGCUCCUUUUCAAAAUAGAAAGCUAAUGUUAAACAAGCUCUGUUUGUUCUCAUCGCUAUGCUCAUUUUAGUUUUGGAAUAUGGAAGAAUGCUGUGUCUGUUUUAGAAAUUAGUUUCCUACAAAGUUUUAUCUGUAUUCUAAUACUAACAUAUAAGGGCAAAAUGGGUGCACUGAAACAGUAUUAUUACAGCUGGAUAGGACAUUCUAGCUUUGUGUGUAUGGGCCACCAUGAAAAAAUAAAUGCAAAAAAAAAAAAUAAACAUUGAAUAUGAUGCA